CAAUUAAUAUCCAAGCCCUUCAAGGAUUACCAAAUCUAAAAAAGUGCCACUCUAAUUAGCCAAAGAUCUUGUGUGCCAUCUGAUUCUUGCAUUAUAGAAAUGGCACUAAUGGCUAAAAGAAUGGGACCUGUGAUUUGUCUUUUGAUUAUGAUAAUGGAUAUUGUAGCUGGGAUACUUGGCAUUGAAGCUCAAGUUGCUCAAAACAAGAUGAAGUUUAUGAGAGCGUGGAUAUUUGAGUGCAGGGAACCGAGCUAUGAAGCUUACAAGCUUGGAUUGGCUGCAUGUAUAUUGCUAGCAUUAGCUCAUGUUAUUGCCAAUGUGCUUGGUGGUUGUGUUUGUGUAUCCUCUAGGGAAGAGUACACCAGAUCUUCCUCUAACAAGCAAAUAGCUGCUGCCUCUCUAGUUUUUUCUUGGAUUAUAUUGUUGGUUGCCUUCUCUCUACUUGUUCUAGGGACAGUAUCAAACUCAAGAUCACGACAAACAUGUGGAUUCUCACACAAUCAUCUAUUCGUGAUAGGAGGAAUUUUAUGUUUCGUUCAUGGACUAUUCCUUGUUGCUUAUUAUGUUGGUGCUAGUGCUGCUAGAGCGGAAGAAAAUCAAAUUUUCAAGCAACAAAGGCCCGCUGGCCCAUUCCCUCUUCCUGUUUGAAUGUUGAUUACCAUUUUCUUUCUUUCCCAUAAUUUUUUAAAGUAUUUUGUGAUAUCACUAUCACAUCUCUGUUUUUUAGUGCUAUCUUCUUUGUAAAGCUUGAUUGAUAAACCCAAAUUAAUAAUGAUUGUUAAAUUAAUGGAGUAGUUUUCCUUGGCAAAUCCUUCGUGAAUGAUCCGUAUUAAUAUGAUAUU